AUGACAUCGUCUACAGUUAAACGUAAAGGACGUGGUUUUAGAAGUGAUUCAAAAGAAUCUAGAGAUGGUGUGAGGUCUAGCGCUAAAUAUGAUCAAUUUGAAUCGACCACGGAAGAAGAUGCUGUAACAGGACGAGCACAAAGAUCUGUUGAAGGAUGGAUAGUUCUUGUUGUGGGACUUCAUGAAGAAGCUACAGAAGAUGAUGUCACAGAUAAAUUUGCAGAUUAUGGAGAAAUACAAAAUUUACAUCUCAAUUUAGAUCGUAGAACUGGUUAUGCAAAGGGGUAUGCAUUAGUUGAAUAUGAAACUUAUAAAGAAGCAAAGAAAGCAAUUGAUGGAAUUAAUGGAACAAAAUUUCUUGGUAAAACGUUAUUCUGUGAUUUUGCAUUUAUAAGACCACCUGUCAAUACAACUGUUAGUUUGCCAGAUAGAGAAACAAGAGAUCGUACAUCAACUAGAAGUAGGAUUGGGAGUAGUAGAAGACGUGAAAGAUCAUCCAGUCCAUCAUCAUCAUCAAGGAGAUAUUAA